AUGCAUGAGCAGCCGAAACAGAAGAACGUCGUAGCUCGUGACAACGAUGAUUGCCCGUCGUCUCGGAUGAGGAAGACUCAGCAGUUUGGUCCAAGACCACCUCCCAGGCCUCAGCCGCCAAACCGCGGGGUCUCCAGCACCAUGGAGCCCAGGAGCAAGGCUCCGCCCACAGGGAGAGACAUCAGCCUGACCAAGAGUCUGGCGAGGUUCAUGGCAGCUGCUGAUGUCUAUGAGGACCGCCUGACCACGAUGACCAAGAAGAAGGUGGCCGAGUCUCUGGGGUCCCUCUUCACUGAGUGGCUGGAUGAGAUGUGUGUCGAGAUGAAUGUGGAGGAAUCCAUCAGGCGCAGCGCUGGAGGCAAGCUCAUCCCCGUGGGCUCACAGCUGCUCGGUGCAGAGGUGAAAGGCUCUGACAUCGACGCCGUCUGUGUGGGACCCUGCUUCGUCCAGAGGCACCACUUCUUCUCCUCCUUCUGCCGCAAGCUGGCCGCAAACAAAGAGGUCACCGACAUGCUGACCUUCGAAAAGACGGUCGUCCCGGUCGUGAAGCUGACCUAUAAAGGAGAGAAGAUGGACUUGGUCUACGUCCAGUACCCGGAGGACAGCGUCCCGGAGGCGGUGGACCUCAUGGACGACGGUCUGGUGAGGGGUCUGGAUCCACGCUGUGUGCGGAGUUUAAAUGGCUACAGAGACAGCGUACAGAUCCUGAGGUGUGUCCCCAACGUGUACGUCUUCCGCACCGUGUUGAGGGUCAUCAAGGUCUGGGCCAAAAAGCGCCAGAUUUACUCCAACAGGCUGGGCUUCCUGGGCGGUAUCUCAUGGGCCAUCUUGGUCGCCAGGGUUUGCCAGCUCUACCCCAACGCCACCGUGGCGGCCCUGGUGACCCAUUUCUUCAGGCUGUACAGCACGUGGGACUGGAACAACCCGGUGCGCCUGAGAAAUGAGAACAGGGAGUUCCCUUCCUGGGAUUCCCAGGCUCCCUGGAGUGACCGCUUCCCCCUGAUGCCCAUAAUGACCCCAGCGUUCCCCCAGCAGAACUCCACCUUUAACAUGGCCAAGUCCAACAUGGCCGUCAUCACCCAGGAGUUUGUUCGAGGCUGGCACAUCACCGAGGGCAUCUACAGCGGAAGAGCUGAGUGGGCCAGACUCUUCCAGAUGGAGGACCUCGAGCGGAAGUACCAGUACGUAUUGAUGGCUGGAAUGCAUUACGUUGAGUUGGACGUCUCGUACACGUCCGAGAGUCAGGCUCUGCGAUGGGUGGGCUUAGUGGAGGCCAAACUCCGGAUUCUGGUGGGAUAUCUGGAUAAGGACUGGCAGAUCUCCCUGGUCCGUACCAUCCCAGAGCCCUCUCCAGGUCCCCAGAAUCUCCACAACAGGUUCACUGAAUAUGUGUACAUGUUCGCCAGGAAGUGUGGCAUCCUGGAGGACGGAAUGAGGCUCUCCGCCUCAGUGACCAGCAGGGGGCAGCAGGUGUGCCGUCCUGCAGCCCAGAAGAGAAGACUCGGGGAGGAAUCUUUGAAUGUGGCAAAGAAGGCCAAAGUGGACACGACUCCUGAUGUGGAGCGGCUGGACUCGAGGGAAAAGCCAGUCCAGCCCAGACGCGUCUUCAAGCUGAGACGCCCCAGUUUUAAUUGA